AUGUCUCUAAGCGGAUCCCAAGAGAUGUCACAUUUGAUUAAAGCCAACGCUUCCCUUCUUCACCGGUUUCGACCAUUAUUGGCCACCAAUUGUCGUCUGGCGUCGACUUCCGCUUCGAAGCCAUCGAAGCCUUCGAAGGACUUAAUGACCACUAAAAUGGAUACCAAUCAAGAGAUUAUGGAUCCCAUUGUGAAGGAUAUGAAGAAUAAGUUGAGCGAAACCACACUCAAGACCGACACUCCGAUGACUGUCCAUGACUUCAAUGGUGUCCCCAAAGAGCACAUCUAUGAGCGAAGGGUUCGCAUCACUCAACCGACGAAGAAUGCGAUGCAAUCCGGAACUUAUGGAACCGAUCGGUGGCUCAUCGAGUUUGAGUCGAGAGAGCGCUGGGAGAACCCACUCAUGGGCUGGACCUCAACAGCGGAUCCGUUGUCUAAUCUGAACGUAUGGUUUGCCACCAAAGAAGAAGCGGCAGAGUUUUGCCAGAAGAAUGGCUGGUAUUACGAGAUAGUGGAGCCUUCGGUCCGUAAAAACCUCAACAAGAAUUACGCCGAAAACUUUUCGUGGAGUAAAAGGACUCGCGUCGGAUCCAAGCACGGCUUGGAACAGAUCGGCCACAAGACCGAGAUCUGCCACUUGGAAGAUGGGUGCGUCCGGGUCUUUGUUGAUGGCAACUAUUGUCUUCGAGUCCUUCAUUCCGGCCAAGUGUUGGAUCGCACCAGAGAUGCCGACAGCGAUAUACAGUUCCUUGAAUUUAGUGAAAACAUGUUUCGCCUCUCAUUCGCACACAAAUGCCUUUCCGUCGGACUUAUGCGAUUGUCAUGUCGUGGCGACCGUAUGGCCAGUACUUUAGUGAUCGUCGACCACAACAACGAAAAGCUAUCGAAAGUCACUUUGAAUACCAUAAGCGCCGCCAAACAGAUCGGCGGCGAUGUCUCGUGUCUGGUCUUCGGCACCAAAGUCUCGGAUGUCGUCCAGAGUUUGUCGAAAGUGAAGGACAUUAAGAAGAUUUUGGUCGCAGAGAGCGAUGCCUUCAAAGGCUUUUUGCCCGAAGUGUUAGCGCCGUUAGUCGUGUCCACACAAAAACAGUUCAAUUUCACGCAUAUUAUGAGCGGUUCCACAGCUGUGGGCAAAAAUCUGAUCCCAAGAGUGGCCGCACAACUGGACGUAUCGCCCAUUUCUGAGAUAACGGCCGUCAAGAGUGAGGACACGUUUGUGCGACCCAUUUAUGCGGGAAAUGCAAUGCAAACCAUUAAAGUGAAGGACGCCAUCAAAGUGUUGACAGUCAGGGGAACCGCUUUCGAGGCGGUGGAACCCGAAGGAGGGAACGCCACCUCUGAAAAGGUGGCCACCGAUGGCCUGAAGAACGAUUUGUCCGAAUGGUUGAGUCAGGAGUUGACUAAAAGCGAAAGACCGGAACUGACGAGCGCUUCGCGAGUCAUAUCCGGCGGACGAGGAAUGAAAAGCGGAGACAAUUUCAAGAUGUUAUACGAAUUGGCGGACAAAUUGAACGCAGCGGUCGGCGCCUCCCGUGCGGCGGUCGACGCGGGCUUUGUUCCCAACGACAUGCAAGUCGGACAGACCGGCAAAAUCGUUGCACCGGAACUGUAUAUCGCUGUCGGCAUCUCUGGUGCGAUCCAACACUUGGCCGGAAUGAAGGACUCGAAGACAAUUGUCGCGAUCAACAAAGACCCGGACGCACCCAUCUUCCAAGUGGCAGAUCUCGGUCUUGUGGCCGAUCUGUUCCAAGCCGUGCCUGAAAUCAACCAAAAAAUCGAUAGAACCAGACAAACUUGUUAUUCAAAUACGACUUACAGUCUAAAGUAUAUCAGAAAGCUUUCAAAUAAUCGGUAA